AUGAAGUCCCCGCGGGUGCUGCUGUGUGUCCGACAGAACACGCUGCGGUGGGACGGAGAGCCGAGCUCCCUGUGCUGCUCGUCGUGCUGCGUCCUGCGCUGCUUUGAUGACCGGGCAGCUGCGGCCCGCGUCAACCAACACGCACAUGGCAGGGGCACCCGGACCUCGCUCGUCCGCCACGGAGACCCUCGCGUCCGCCUGAUUGCAGCGCACAGAUCCCCACUCACUGCCCUCUUCAGCGCGCGCGGACUCCAGCAGAUCACGAGGCAGCAGCAGUCGCCCGCCACGCAGCGCCGCAUGCGGCAGCAGGUGAGCAGCGAGCCGCAGGGGGUCGCUGAAGACAUCCUGCACCUGAGCGCCUGGCUGGCCAGGCAGCCGCACCUGCCGCCCGUGGACGACUUGCUGCUGGACAGGUUCCUGUACAACUGCAAGUACAGCUUGUCCCGAUGCAAGUCUGUGCUGGACAUGUACUACACCGUGAGGACGGCCGUGCCGGAGUUCUUCAAGCACAGGGACGCCACGGAGGACUCCAUCCGCCGCAGUUGCGAAGUGACGCUGGCGGCGGCGCUGCCGCGGCUGACCCCCGCCGGCCACCGGGUGUUCGUGCACCGCCUGCUCGACGCGGACUCGCGCCGCUUCGACCUGCUGGCGCACAGCCGCCGCGUCUUCAUGCUGGUGGACGUGCUGCUGCACACUGAGCCCGUGCUGGGCGCCGUUGUGGUGCUGGACCUGCACGCGAGCACGUGGGCGCACGUGCUGCGCGCGCCGCCGCCGCUGCUCAGGCGGCUGGCCGUCUGCUUCCAGGAUUCGUGUCCAAUCGCAAUCAAAGAGAUACAUUUUGUAAACGCUCCAGGGUUUAUUCGCAAGUUCCUGGAUAUCAUUAGACCACUGCUUAAGAAGAAACUCAAUGAACGGGUUCAUGUGCACACUGGUGGGCUAGAAACGGUUGGAAAAUCUUUACCGUUACAUAUGCUUCCUAAAGAAUAUGGAGGAGAAGAAAAAAGUCUCAAGGAAUUGAGUGACGCCUGGCAGCUGGCCUUGGAGCGCCGCCGCGACUGGUUCAAGGCCGAGGAGUUGAAGCGAGUGGACGAGUCCCUGCGGCCCGGGGCGGCCCCGGAGCGAGCACAGCUGUUCGGCGUCGAGGGCUCUUUCCAGAGGCUGGCCGUCGACUAGCGCGCCUUCUGCUCGCUGGCCAGUGGUCCCCCACUGCCACUGCUUCACCUACCACACGGCUCAGAUCAAACACUAAGAGAUUCUCCAAAGCCAUAAAAUAGGAACAUACUACCUAUUACUCGUGGUUUGUUUCUCAAAAGUGAAACUCAAAGCAAAAGAAUUCUAACCUCAUACUAUAACGAAGCCAAAUUUACCGAAAUUAAAUUUUUAACAAUAGUUUAAGACCAAAUGUUAUUGAAACCAAGUUGGCGUAUUUCGGUUUUUAUCUGUCCCCGUCAAUGAUAACUAGACCGCACUUUAACAGGUUUUCAAAAACUUGUUGAAAGUCGAAUUAAUUAUAAUUAAUAAUUAAUUAUUAAAGAAAAGUAUUUUAAUUGUAUUUUUUGGCUUUAACAGUGCAUGGAUUAAGGCCUGAAUACACCGUGAUCAAAUAACUGUUUCACGCGGCAAUUAUAACUAUCAAAAUUAAUUCCAACACUCCACGAAAGUUUACAUGAAUAAUAGCCCAAAUCUUGAGAGGCUAUGACGAAUCAUAAAACAUAAAACGAAAUCUCUUCUGCAAAUUGUGUCUUUGUAUGAAAUAUAUAUGUCUGCCUUAA